CUAAUAUCAAAAGCCCUCUACCUGAUAGCUAUGUCAAUUGUCUCUAAGCUAGUGCACUUCGUGUGUUGACUUCACCAACCAAAUUCGUGUUCGGCCAUUGAACUAUUCACCGAAAUAUUAUGUCACAGGAAGCUAUGGAGAGUAAUAACAUAAUUAACACGUUCUGUUUCCGCCUCCCACUGCGCACCGGCUGUCUGCUCAUUGGCUGGUACGAUAUCGUGUAUGGACAUGCAAUGGUGUUGCUGUACCUAGCAUCGAUGUAUUCCGGUUAUUUCCAUGUAAAUGGUAUAUACAAGUAUGCACUUACAAUUGACUUCAUAUUUACAAUAGUCCAGCUCCUAAGUGGUGCGGUCCUUGUCUAUGGAGUGAAAUAUAGGACAAUAGGUUUGGUCUUGUUGAGUGCCGUGAUGGGAGUGGUGCUGAUGGUGUCUGACGUUGUCGGGGACGUGCUCUUAGGAUUAUCAUUUCCUGGCAUUUCGGCUGAUAUUAGUAUCCUUGCCGGAAUCCUUCUUCUCACUUUUAUUGGUAUCAGAGGAUACUGGACAUUUGCAAUUUAUUGUUACUAUGUGCAACUUAAGGAAGAACUGUAUUUGACUAACAAGAUCCAGAACACCAUACCAGACAUUGUCCAAUCAACUUCUUAGAAAGUUUAUUCAGUUAUAAAAAGACUUCUUGUAAUCACUACUUAGGCUGAAUAAAACAUUUUCGAUAAAGAA